GUCGUAUUCUUUACUGUGAAAAGUGUCAAAAUAAUAAUGUUAUGAACAAUUUCAGCUUUAGCAGUCUGGACUUAACUUGGAGGGGAAAAGUAAGACUGUUUGUAGACUGUGUCUGAUAUCCUUAUUGUAUGUACAAUAUGUUAAAACACAAGCACAGUACUGUACCAAACCUACAGAUGCACAAAUCAACAACCCUAAUGCUCCUCCAUUUCCAAAUUUACCUACUUCAUUCCAGACUAGAAUUGAAGCUGCCAUAAUAGACAAAAAUUACACAAUGUCAGGAGAAGAGUACUUUGACAAUCCUAACAAUCAGGCUUCUCUGUCUUUAAUGAGAUCUGGAGCUAUAUAUAAACUCAUUUUUGAUUAUGCUAAUGAUCAACUGUUUUAUGUACAACCUGACCAGGCUUGUGUAGUACACAACUUGACAACUGAUGACAAUAAUCUUUUAUUUGGCCUACAGUUUGUAAAAGGAUUUCCACAUGUUUUUACUACCAGUGGUGUGUUACACUUUGCAAAGAAAUUUGGAGAGCAAUACAUAGGGAAAACACAAAUAAGAGGAGUAUAUGUAGAUCAUUGGAGAACUUGUAUGUACUGGGCAGCAGUCAAAGCCAACUUCACUCUAGAUUAUUACUUUACAGAUCAAAACUGGAUAACAGCUGCUGGUUGGCCUCAGAUACCAGUUCGUGCUGAAGUAACUGGUGUAAUGAUACAGAAGGAUGGUACAACAUACAAUAUACAUCAUUAUUAUGACUACACAGAUUUCAGAGCUGCUGUUUAUGCUGAUCACACUGUUUUUGAGACUCCAUCAGGAGUUGUCUGUCCAGGACGCAAGCAGACAAGAAGUAUACCAAAAUUAGGUCAGGCCUUUAUGUAUAGAGAGGAAAUUAUUGGUACUGGUGGAGUACAGGAAGUUGAUGUUUACUAUGAUGAUAGUUACAGCCUGUUAAGAUAUGACUUCAGACCAAGUGGUCAAUGGCCUUAUGGAAACAAUGAUGCUGCAGCUGAAAUUCAUGACUUCAACACAGGUGUUGCUUAUGCUAUUGACAAGGCUCUACAGAACUGCAGUAUCAUACCUAUUCAGAAUGGUUCCUUUGAUUCCACCAUCAAUGUCACUAAUGCUGUUACUACCAAUGCCUUUGUUAUGAGAAUGAAAACACCAAAACAGAUCUUCUACUUGGACAGUAACUUUACAUUUGAAGGACAGAGAUAUGCUCGUGGAUUGUUGUGUGAUGUUUUUAUUUCAAACCGCAGUGAUUUCUCUCUUGGAGGAUUUCAAUAUUCUGCCGUACUAGAAUAUUAUUUCUUAGCUAUGAGUCAAUCAUCGUCAAAUAAUGAUGGAAAUACCAAUCCAGGAGGAAGUGAUAUACCUAUACAACUUAUAGUAACACUUCCAACAGUACCACAGACCAUUACCUACAUGUUUUAUGACUUUGACCAAGAGAACCCAGAGUUGACAGUAUUUGAUAUCAGUCCGUGUUUUUCAGGAGCAGAUACAAUCAGUUUUAAACUAACAUUUUUUGGAACUUUUGAUACCCCUGUAAGAGUAUACAAACAAUUGUUUUUGUUUGAAACACUAAAUGCUAUAGCAGCUGCAACAGGAGCAUCACCACUCAGGAUUACCUCCCCUCAGUUUUACUUUCAGGAUGAUAAAGCAUUCUUUGUGGCUACAUUAGUGGAUGCUGCACCUGUUCUUGCCAAAUUCAAGCAGAUUCCUGGAAUGGUUAAACAGAACCACAAUGACAUCAGUUAUACAAGUAUAUCCUCAGCACAAGACUGUGCCAGUUAUUGUUAUAGUAAUAAAAACUUUACCUGUCUCAGUUUUGAUUACUGUCCAGCAUCACAGAUUUGUUCCCUCAGUAAAGAUGGACUAGAUGAUGGAAAAACGCUAGCAACUAAUGCUCAGUGUAGUCAUUACAUAAAAACAAUAAAUAUGAAUUCCAGACCAGAGGUACCCUUGCAGACAGCUUGGAUGAAUCUAAAGAACAAUGUUACAAAAGGAGCAGUUCAGAUAACUAUUAACUUCCCAAAUAAGAAUAUGCAGUACACAGCAUCAGAUAUUAGUAAUGCUAUUACCACUGGACAAAACAGAAAUCCAUCAGCUGUGUCUACACUGAAUCAGUUCCAGUUAUUAAACAACAAGGUAGUACCAAACUACGAUGACCUGAUUUUGACGGGAUUGUCUGUGGAUGAUUGUGCUGCCUCAUGUGUGACUGAGGACUCUUUUGUUUGUUCCUCAUUUGAAUAUGACUACAACUCAGGAACUUGUUACCUGUCUCAUAUUCAUCCAGAUGAAACUCCUAAACUCAUCAAAAAUCAAAAUGGAUUUGAUUUAUAUAUACGUGAUUAUACAGCAAAGUUCUCAAAGAUUGCUGGUACAACUGUUUUGUCCAACUCGGACACAAUCUAUCAGAACAUUUUCGAUGAAAACCAGUGUGCCAAACUGUGUGUGGACUAUAAUGGAUUUAGCUGCAAGUCAUUUGACUUCUGUACAGAUAUUGGGACCUGUUUCUUGGGAAAAACUCAUUACUAUGACGCACCACAAACCAAUAUUAAAUCUGAUCUUCUUUGUAAUCACUGGUCAAGAAAUUACAUGGAUGAUUUUAAGAAGAAAGCAAGAUCUCAAAUUCCACUUGUAAAUAACAGAAUCAUUUCUGGGAUAGAUGCUUCUCAGUGUGCCAAAUUAUGUGUUCAAGAGGAGACAUUUAGUUGUGCUAGCUUUAACUAUUGUGGCAACUUGACUGAAUGUAGACUUACUUCUAACUCCAUUAAAGGGGGUCAAGUCAUAGCUCAGACAAAUGCAUACUGUGAUCUGUAUACAAGACAAUCUUUCCCUGAUGGAACUGCAUAUACUCCUAAUGCAUCGAAGUACUAUGGAACAAAACCAACUAAAUCAGGGUACACGGGAGGUUCUAUGGCUGGCUUAGCAAUAGGAAUGAUUAUUUUAGGAAUAAUUGCAGCAUUUGCUGGACUGAUGAUCUACCUUAAAGUGGCUCAUAAAACAACUGACGAUGUGGCAAUUCAAUUUAAAAGACAUUUUAAUGAUGAAACUGAUGGCUGAUUCUCAAUACAAUGACUAAUCAUGUCUAUAUUUUUUUUUUAUAAUGUAAAACUGUCAUAUGAAAGUAUUAAUACGAUAAUUUUUCUAAAUCCUUUCAUAACUUAACAAUAUUCAUGAUAUUUCUCUCAUUAUAUAAUUUAAGCAAGUUGCAUGUCUGGAGUUUAAAAUUGAUUUUAAUAAAAAAUUAAAUACA